AUGACCCGAAAGAAGAAAUCGAAGCCCGUGGAGGGGAAAGGCAUUGUUCAUACCAAGAGGAGAGAGGUUGUGUAUGAGGAUGGUUGGACCUUGAUUGUCGAUACUCCGAAAGCGAAGACGAUACCUAAGCCGACCUUCCAUGGUGGGGAUUUCGAAGUUAAUGGGGUCAGCUAUAUCAAUCGAACGCUGGACGAGAUGAGGGCGGAUUUCGAGCAUUGGAAGAAGGCUUGGGAGGAGAGCGAUGCAUGUGGAGCUUUGAGGGAGAAGCUGGAGGGAAUGAAGAUUGAGAAUGCCGUUGUUCUUGGUCUAGGAAGUCUGCAGAGCUCGAGAAGAGAAGGCAGAAGAGCGAGCGCCACACAAUUGGCUGCUCUGCAGACUGUCCUUGGGGCUCUUGAUCUGCCAGUUGUGCUUCAAGACCCUCAGUACACGGAAUUGGACAAGGAGUUUUUGACGAGCUUGGGAUACAAGGUGGUGGAUGAUCCAGGAGCAUUUGCUGCCGUUGGGACAGGAAGCUUGGUGUAUGCUAUUCAUUGCUAUGGUCCGGUGUAUCAGAGUUUCAGUGAUGGACCAAGACCUGCGGUGUUGAUUGGAACGGAUGUGGAGAACUUUGGUAGAUUUGAUGGGUGA